GAUUUACAGGAUACACAGUAACAUUCCCCCCUCGCUCCUUUCUCUCGGUCCUCACUCUCUCUACCUCACAGAGGUUACCUGACCAGAUCAAAGAUGCCAUCGUAGCCGUCCAUCUCAAAUUUCCCGGCGAAGAAAGUGGAAGAGGAGCCCCAGUAAACAAUCUUCUUCUCUCUCUGCAGCGUAAGGGCGUUUGAUUUGUAUUCUGUUUCGAAACGAUGGCGUUUUGGUGGGCUCUCUUCGUCCUCGGAUUCGCUUACGCCGUUUGUAGGUUCCUCUUGAUGCUCAUUCCCCCCAAUGUGCCUUCUAUCGAAGUCGAUGCUUCUGAUGUGUUGGAUGAUGGGAAUCAGACGCAGGAGAACAGUUUCAUAUACGUACCUCCGAGGGGAAGGACACCACAAGCAGAGACCAAGGUUCAGUGCUAUGAGCCUGCAACCAUGAAAUACUUGGGAUAUUUCCCUGCACUGACACCCGUUGAGGUCAAGGAGCGUGUAGCUCAAGCAAGAAAGGCACAAAAAGUAUGGGCAAAGAGUAGCUUCAAGCAAAGACGCCAGUUUCUCCGGAUUCUUCUCAAGUAUAUUAUUGAACACCAAGAGCUUAUAUGUGAAAUAUCUUCACGUGAUACGGGAAAGACAAUGGUGGAUGCCUCUCUAGGGGAGAUAAUGACAACAUGUGAGAAGAUCACUUGGCUCCUUUCAGAGGGUGAGCGUUGGCUAAAGCCUGAAUACCGAUGUUGCGGAAGGUCAAUGCUUCACAAGAGAUCCAAAGUGGAAUUUCAUCCCCUUGGAGUCGUUGGUGCUAUUGUGUCAUGGAAUUAUCCUUUUCAUAAUAUUUUUAAUCCAAUGUUGGCGGCGGUGUUUUCUGGAAACAGCAUUGUGAUUAAGGUUUCAGAACAUGCAAGCUGGUCUGGUUGUUUCUACCUCCGAAUAAUCCAGUCAGCCCUUGCUGCUGUAGGAGCACCUGAAAAUUUAGUUGACGUUGUAACAGGGUUUGCUGAAACUGGAGAAGCACUGGUGUCUUCUGUUGACAAGAUAAUAUUUGUUGGAUCGCCUGGUGUGGGUAAGAUGAUAAUGAAAAGUGCUGCUGAGAAUCUUACCCCAGUUACACUUGAACUUGGUGGGAAAGAUGCAUUCAUUGUUUGUGAAGACGUAGAUGUGGAACAUGUUUCCCAAAUUGCUGUGAGAGCUGUUCUUCAGUCAAGUGGACAGAACUGUGCUGGGGCUGAGAGAUUUUAUGUUCAUGAGAAGAUUUAUUCUUCAUUUGUCAGUCAAGUUUCCAAGAUUGUAAAAUCUGUUUCUGCUGGUCCACCACUUACUGGAAGAUAUGAUAUGGGAGCUAUAUGUUUGCAAGAGCACUCUGAAAGGCUUCAAUACCUUGUAAAUGAUGCCUUAGACAAAGGAGCAAAGUUUGUUGUUCGGGGAAGUGUUGGCCAUAUAGGUGAAGGCGCAGUUGAUCAAUUUUUCCCACCUACUGUGAUUGAAAAUGUAAAUCACACAAUGAAGCUGAUGCAAGAGGAGGCAUUUGGACCAAUCAUGCCAUUAAUGAAAUUUAGCACUGAUGAAGAGGCUGUCAAGCUUGCUAAUGAUUCAAAAUAUGGUCUCGGCUGUGCUGUUUUUUCUGGCAGCCAGCGUCGUGCAAAAGAGAUAGCUUCCCAAAUACACUGUGGAGUUGCUGCAAUCAAUGAUUUUGCAUCAACGUACAUGUGUCAGUCCCUGCCAUUUGGUGGUGUGAAAGACAGUGGAUUUGGAAGGUUUGCUGGUGUAGAAGGAUUGCGAGCAUGUUGUCUUGUAAAAUCAGUUGUCGAGGAUAGAUGGUGGCCAUACAUUAAGACCAAGAUACCAAAGCCUAUUCAGUAUCCCGUUGCAGAGAAUGGCUUUGAUUUCCAGGAAUCACUUGUUGAAGCACUCUAUGGCAUGAACAUUUGGGACCGCUUGCGAGCAUUGGUUAAUGUUCUAAAGAUCCUUAGGGAGCAAAACUCUCCUGGUAACAAUAAGAGAAGAGAUGACUGAGCUUGGCACAUUAGUGCUGGAACAUUUUCAUGGGUUAACCGAAUUACGAGAUAUUUUGGGUUUUGGCUUCCCGUUGGAAUCUCUCUUAAUCACAGAGCAUGAACCUAGUUGCUUCCUCUUUUGUUUUGUUGGGUUCUAAUUUGGUAGCAGGACAAAUACAGAAAAAGAACAAUGAGUUUUGAUUGUAAUGCAGACUUAAAGGGUGUACUCUUGACAAAUGCGUAUUUUAUAGGGACCUCGUACUAUUUUUUUCUC